AAAAAAAAAACGAGAAAGCAAAGAGUGAUGAGAAAGAAGGAUUGGCGUCUUUUGCCCUCCACGCAGCUUAAAACACGCAGGCAAAUAUAGACAGACCAUCGACACAUCUCGAGUUAUAAAAUUCAUGCUUUUGUUGCAAUUACAGAAUCAAAAGAUAGCCCAGAAAGCUACUCGGAUGCGUAGAGAGACGAGAGAGAGAGAGAAGGGGUUGCUAGAUUCACGAGAGGAAGGACGAGAAGCAGUUAGGACUUGGGAGUCGCUAGGCUGAUGGCAUGAUUGCUUCACGCAAGCAGCUAAAAAGGUUGGCUGCGUCGCGUGGCUUUAAAGAUUUCGAUUAGAAUUUAGAAGAUAAAACCAGGGAAGAAAAUUACAAAACAAAGCCUGCAGGGACCUACCGAAGAAAACCAGAUUACAGAAGUUGAACUCUUGAGUUCGGAUUUCUCUUCUUCAUCAUAGUUAGCUACCUCUGUUGUUCAGUUCGAUCGGCGAUGCGGUAAAAGAGACAAAAACAAAGAAGCCCCCACAAGAAGAUGAGUACAAACAGCACGACUAGCACCAGUGGCGGCGGAGUUGGUGGUGGUGCGGUUGGAGGAGGUGGUGGUGGUGGUGGAGGAGGAGGACCUUGUGGUGCAUGCAAGUUCUUAAGGCGUAAGUGCGUCAGUGGAUGCAUCUUUGCGCCAUACUUUGACUCAGAACAGGGAGCAGCCCACUUCGCAGCGGUGCACAAGGUGUUCGGUGCAAGCAACGUAUCCAAGCUUCUUCUGCACAUACCGGUUCAUAAGCGACUGGAUGCGGUCGUCACCAUCUGCUAUGAAGCUCAAUCUCGGCUUCGUGAUCCCGUCUAUGGCUGUGUCGCUCACAUCUUCGCUCUUCAACAGCAGGUGGUUAAUUUACAAGCGGAGUUAUCCUACUUGCAAGCUCAUCUGGCAGCAUUGGAGCUUCCAUCUCCAUCGCCGCCUCAGCCGCCUCCGGCACUGCUGACGCCACCGCUGCUCUCAAUAUCAGACCUUCCGUCAGCCUCCACCGUGCCCGCCACCUUCGAUCUGUCGACACUUUUUGAUCCCGGGGUGCAACCUGCGCAAUGGGUGUUGCAGCAACAGCAAAUGGAUAUCCGCCAAUUCGGAGCAAGCGGGAGAAACCCUGCCGAGAGUCCUCCUUCCACAGGAGGAGGUGGUGAUCUUCAGGCAUUGGCACGGGAGCUCCUACAGAGACACAGGUCGCUGGUGGGGUCAGCAUCCGCUGAACAAUCACCUCCACAACCACCACCCACAACAACAACAUCCCUCCAUAACUGAUCAGACUGACUGACCCGAUUGACCGGAACUUGUCGUCGAGGACUAAACUGAUAAAAAUCUGGCAUGUGGGAAUAUCUAAUUACCUGCCAUCUGGUUUUGGGGGAGUUUUUGUUCUCAUCCCAACAGGCAAGCUUGUUUAAAUUUAAUAUUUGAUCUUUUUUUGGAGUAGAUGAAAUGUAGAAUUCUAGUUUACAAUUAUUAUUAAGUAGGCUCAGCCUUUUACACCCUCAA